ACCGAUAAAGUUGUAACUCAAUAAAUAACUAAUAAACCACUACUAAAUGAAUAUGAUGAAUACAUUUCGAUUUGUUUGUCAACGAAAUAUCCAUCAAAUUCGUCAUUUUCACAAAUGUAUUAUUCGACAAAAUUCUGCUGCAGCAGUAAGUACUGCUACAGAUAGCUUAUCAGAAUCUGUUUCUACAAAGGAUGAAUUAAAAGUUAGCUCUAAAGUAGAACUAAUUGCAAAUCAAAUUGUUACAUUGAAUCUUAUAGAAGUAAGACAGCUGAGUGAUUUACUUAAAAAGCAAUUAAAUUUACCAGAUGCACCUAUAAUGUCUAUGGGUACUGUUAAUGCACCAAAGCCAGAAGAAGAUGAAGAAGAACAGCCUCAAAUUGUACAGACCUUAUUUAAUGUUAAGUUAACUGGUUUUGAUGAGAAACAAAAAAUUGCUCUAAUAAAAGAAUUGAAAAACAUAUUACCAAACUGUAAUCUAGUACAGGCCAAAAAGUUUGUGGAUAGUGUACCAAAUACAAUCAAAGAGGAUGUAGUAAAAGAUGAAGCUGAAAAAUUAAAAGAAGUUAUCACAAAAGUUGGUGGAGUAGUUGAGAUUGUUUAA